AUGUCCAACCAUAGAAAGGUCGCUGUGUUCUGGGACUAUGAAAACUGUAGUCCUCCCUUGAAUUCACAAGGACAUGCCAUUGUAAAUGGCAUCCGACGAAUUGCGCAUGUCUUUGGAAACGUAACGUCGUUCAAAGCUUACCUCGACAUAUCCUCGCAGUCCCCCAAGUCUGUCGGUUUUCGCUCAGACCUUCAGUCCUCUGGAGUGUCCAUGAUCGACUGCCCCCACAACGGCAGGAAAGACGUCGUGGACAAGAUGAUUCUCGUGGAUAUGCUUGCAUAUGCUGUCGAUAAUCCGUCACCGGCAACCAUUAUCCUGAUAGCCGGUGACCGAGAUUAUGCUUAUGCCAUUUCAACCCUCCGCCUUCGACAGUAUAGCGUCGUCCUCAUCGUGCCCCCAGCGCCAAACAUUCCCCAGAGUCUGGAGUCUCAGGCCUCUGUCGUAAAACUGAUACAUCCCCAGUGCGGCAACCUUAUCGCAACCUUGACGAGGAUGUUUUCGAGCGCCUGA